UGACAACCAUGUAUGUGAGCUCUCUCUUGGAUAAGGAGAACAGCAUGUAUCCAGGAACUGCAAGGAGUAACAACAACCUGCCAGUGCAAAACUUUGUGUCUACUCCAUCCUAUCCAGAUUACAUGGGAUACCAUCAUGUGCCAGCUCUGGACACCCACAGCCAGCCUGCGGGAACCUGGGGAUCCCACUACGGCCCACAGAGGGAGGACUGGAACGCUUAUGGCCCAGGACCUUCCAGCACGGUUGCUGCUGCUCAGAUCAACAGCUUGUCUCCUGGACAGGUCUCCUACACUUCUGCUGAUUACAGCUCCCUCCAUCCUGCUGGACCUGGGGGGUUACCUCCUGUAGAUACAAUUAAUACACAGCAAAUCUCCCCCAACAGCCAAAGGCAUAGCUCUUAUGAAUGGAUGAGGAAAACAGUGCAAACUAAUACUACUGGUAAAACAAGAACAAAAGAAAAGUACCGAGUUGUUUACACAGAUCAUCAGAGACUAGAAUUAGAGAAGGAAUUUCACUGCAACAGAUAUAUUACGAUAAGGAGAAAGUCAGAACUGGCAGCAAAUCUGGGACUAUCUGAAAGACAGGUGAAAAUCUGGUUCCAGAACCGCCGGGCGAAAGAAAGAAAACUGAUCAAGAAGAAAAUCUCUCAGUUUGAUGGCAGUGGGGGCUCAGCUCAGAGUGACUCUGGGUCACUCAGUCCAAAUGAAAUAUCCAGUUCUCUGUUUCCACCACCACAUGGAAUAAAUGGAUUACAGCCUAAUGGCAUUCACCAGGUCAUAGUUUCAGAAUGAACAGAAGGAUUCUCCCAUCAACCCC